AUGUCGGCAGGCCCGACAGACACAACAGCCGUCUCAGCACCAGGCAAGGUGCUGCUGGCUGGCGGCUACCUCGUGCUGGACCGCGCAUACACGGGCCUCGUCUUUGGCCUGAGUGCACGCAUCAACGUUAUUGCACAGGCCAUCAAGACGAGCCCUGGUGUACAGCUGAACGAGAUUGUUGUCGACAGCCCCCAGUUCCGCGAAGCACAGUGGACAUAUGGCUACCAUUUGGCGGACCAGGACGGCGGCAUCCAGGUCACGCAGCUCCGGACUGGCACGGCACUACACGCGAACCCGUUCGUCGAGACGACGCUGUCGUACGGCCUCACCUACGUCUGUCGCCUCGCCAGCCUGGGCCCGGCGCACACGAUCAACUCAUGCCGACUCACCAUUCUUGCCGACAACGACUACUACUCGCAGCCCAACGAGACCGCCAACGCCAACGCCUCCUCCACUUCCACUGCCACAACCAACCGCUUCGCCCGCUUCCCAACGACGCUCGCGGGCGCCAACAAGACCGGCCUGGGCUCGUCCGCCGCGCUCGUCACGUCGCUGACCGCUGCGAUUUUGAGCCAUUACUUGCCCGUCAACCUCUUUGAUUUGUCGACCGACGCCGGACGUGAGACGCUCCACAAUCUCGCCCAGGCCGCCCACUGCGCUGCCCAGGGCAAGGUCGGCUCUGGCUUUGAUGUGGCGGCCGCCGUCUACGGCUCGUGCACGUACCGCCGCUUCUCGCCGUCGGUGCUCGCGGGUAUCCCCGAGCCUGGCAAGCCGGGUUUUAGUGGCGCCCUACAGACCGUCAUUGCUAGUAAGAAGGGUGCCAGUGCUGGUGCCAGUGGCAAUGGCAGUGGACCCGUUACCGGAUGGGACACCGAAAUUGCCAAGGGCAGCGUUGCUCUCCCCGCUGGCAUGGCCCUGCGCAUGUGCGAUGUCGACUGCGGCUCGCAGACGGUGAGCAUGGUCAAGAAGGUGCUGGCAUGGCGCAGCAGCGCUCCAGAAGCGUCCAAGACGCUGUGGGAUACGCUGCAAACACGCAAUGACGCACUGGCAACGGCGCUGCGCGACGGCAAGACGGAUGACGAUACGAUCCCGGCACUCUUGCGGUCGAUCCGCGAGCUGGUCCGGUCCAUGGGCACAGAGAGUGGCGUGCCCAUUGAGCCGGAGAGCCAGACGGCGCUGCUGGACGCAGUGAGUGAGGUGGACGGCGUCUAUGGUGGUGUGGUACCCGGCGCGGGCGGCUUCGAUGCCGUCUCGCUACUGGUGCGGGACGACAAGGAGACCGAGAGUCGUCUAGAGGCAUUCCUGGAGAAGUGGAGCAAGGAGUCGGGCGGCCGCGUGCGCCUUCUGGGCGUCAAGGGCGCCAUGGAGGGCGUGCGGAGGGAAGACAAGAGCAUCUACGAGGGGUGGCUGCAGCCGUUGUGA